GGAGGGCGCGCGGGGGGCCGUGCGGCGUGGCGCGGCGCCGACUUCCGGUGCGCGGAGCGGCGGCGGCGGCAGCGGCGGCAGUGGGGACGGCCGGCACGAUGCGGUUCCCGCGGCUCCUGCUGUGCCUGGGCGUGUGGGCGCUGUGCGGCUCGGCCAAGCCCACGGAGCGCAAGGAGCGCGUGGUGCGUGAGGCCCCGCUCAGCGCCCGCGAGCACGACGACGCCCAGAGCUUCGACUACGACCACGACGCCUUCCUGGGCGCCGACGAGGCCAAGAGCUUCGACCAGCUCACCCCGGAGGAGAGCAAGGAGCGCCUGGGGAAGAUUGUAGGGAAAAUAGAUGAGGAUGGAGAUGGGUUUGUGACGGUGGAGGAGCUGAAGGCCUGGAUCAAGUUUGCCCAAAAGCGCUGGAUUUACGAGGAUGUGGAGCGCCAGUGGAAGGGGCACGACCUCAAUGAGGACGGGCUUGUGUCCUGGGAGGAGUAUAAAAAUGCCACCUAUGGAUAUAUCCUGGACGAUCCGGACCCUGACGAUGGCUUCAACUACAAACAGAUGAUGGUGCGGGACGAGCGGCGCUUCAAGAUGGCCGACAAGGACGGGGACCUGGCUGCCACCAAGGAGGAGUUCACGGCCUUCCUGCACCCCGAGGAGUAUGACUACAUGAAGGACAUCGUUGUGCAGGAAACCAUGGAGGACAUUGACAAGAACGGCGAUGGUUUCAUUGACCUGGAGGAGUACAUCGGUGACAUGUACAGCCAGGAUGGUGAUGCUGAUGAGCCUGAGUGGGUGAAGACGGAGCGGGAACAGUUCGUGGAGUUCCGGGACAAGAACCGGGAUGGGAAGAUGGACAAGGAGGAGACCAAGGAUUGGAUCCUGCCCUCGGACUACGACCACGCCGAGGCUGAGGCCCGGCACCUCGUCUACGAGUCCGACCAGGACAAGGACGGGAAGCUGACGCGGGAGGAGAUCGUGGACAAGUCAGACCUGUUCGUGGGCAGCCAGGCCACGGACUUCGGGGAGGCGCUGGUGCGGCACGACGAGUUCUAGGCUCGACCCGGCACCCGCUGUGGGCUCCGUCCCCGGCCGAGGCCGCUCCUCCGCGGAGACACCCCAUCCCGGCUCCCAGGGACGGGGCUCGGGAAAGCCACACUCCCCCGGCACCUGGGGCUCGUCUCGUUGUGGGUUUUCCCCGGAUUUUAAUGACUUUUGGGUUAUUUUUGUAUGUUUUGGUUUUACCACAUGUGGGAACAGCUCCCCUGGCGCGGGGGCAGCGACGGGGCUGCCCGGGGCUGCGGGGCCGGGGGCCUGGAGGGGAGUGGGAAAUUCACAGAGGGAUUGGGAUUGGAAUUGCAGUUGGAAUAAAAAUUAGAAUUGGAAUUGGAAUUAAAGUUGAAAUUGAAAUUAAAA